AUGGCACUUACAGUAGUGCUUAUUGGUAUUGACGGAGCGCUAGCCAAUUCAGUCUACAACGCGCUUACUGCCAGCGCUUUCAAGCUGAACGUGGGGCAAAUCAAGGUCAUAACUGGUAGCCAGCCUGCACAGCCACUCCCUCAAGUUGAAUAUAUCAUUGGUGAUGUUUUUGAAGAAAAGGAAGCCCUCACUUUGGCUCAAAGGGUACGUCCAGUGGAUAUAGUGAUCGCGCUUGCAACUGCUGAUCGAAACGAAUAUAAAGGGGCUGGAUCAUUGUUAAGAUCUGUGAAACAUAAGUUGUAUAUCCGUCCCGGUUCCAGUGACGCUGAAGUGACGGAAGCAUUAUUACUGGGCUCCGUCAAAUGGCCCCUAGGUCAUCUUUGA